UGCCACUGAUCUCUCUCUCUCUCUCUUUACACUCUCUAAAUGUUUACACCGCUUCAAGAUUUUUUCAAGUGUGUAAGCCCUUAAAGAAACGGCAUUUUCUCCUCGCUUUUGCCCCGGGAAGUCGGUUUAUACACAGAAACACUGAAGCGACAAAUAAUCUCGGGAUUGUUGGCCGGCAAGAGCACCUGCCCUCCUUCACCCCACCAAGAGGAAGGGGUUUCCUCCUUGAUGAGCUCCCUUGCCAGGCGAUGAUACUACCACCUGGAGCAGCAGACGUCUACCUACCCGCCCUCCGACUGAAGGAUGAUGCCGACUGUGCCGAGCUCUGCUGUCCUGCUGGUUUUUAGCUUCCUGAUCGGCCCGUCCAGCUCCCUAAACCCAAGAGAUCCCAACGUGUGCAGUCUGUGGGAGAGCUUCACAACCUCGGUGAAGGAGUCUUACUCCCAUCCGUACGACCAGGUGACAGAGGAGCCCUGCUCUGAUCCUCGGACGUCCUACAGAUGCAUGCGCCACAGGAUCACCUACAAGACGGCGUACCGGCAGGCAGUGAAGACAGAUUACCGCAGGAGAUACCAGUGCUGUCCGGGCUAUUAUGAAAGCAGAGAUAAAUGUGUCCCUCGCUGCACCAAGGAGUGUGUGCACGGCCGGUGUGUCGCCCCAGAUCGCUGCCAGUGUGAGGGAGGCUGGCGAGGCGAUGACUGUUCCAGUGCGUGUGAUGACAAGCACUGGGGGCCAAGCUGCAGCCAGCAGUGCAAGUGUGAGAACGGAGCUUUCUGCGACCCCGUGAGAGGAACCUGCCAGUGUCCGCCGGGAUACAUCGGGCGCUACUGCGAGGAUCCCUGUCCAGCGGGCAACUUCGGGAAGGGCUGCCUGCAGAGGUGCAAGUGUGGGACCGGCGGAUCCUGCGAUAAAGCGACCGGAGAGUGUGUGUGUUGGGAGGGAUUCACCGGCACAUUCUGUGAGAAGGCGUGUCCCAAGAGCCGAUGCCCCGUGAGAUGCCCCUGCCAGAAUGGCGGUAUUUGUCAAGGCAAAGGGGUCUGUGCCUGCCCCCCUGGAUGGAUGGGCGCUGUGUGUACGCAGCGCUGUCCGGAGGGGAGGUACGGACCAAACUGCACCCAGGAGUGUGUUUGUCACAACAGGGGCCACUGUGACCCCGAAACGGGACAGUGCCAGUGUGCCGAGGGUUUCACUGGGAACAGGUGUAAUGAGGAAUGCCCUGUAGGCUCUUACGGUCAGGACUGCAAAGGUGUGUGCGACUGUGCCAACGGUGCACGGUGCUACAACAUCGACGGAGGCUGUCUGUGCGAGUCGGGCUUCCGAGGUCCACACUGCAGAGACAGGAUGUGUCCGCACGGCUCCUACGGCAUGCACUGUGAACGCACAUGCCUCUGCCAAGACAAGCACACCCUCAGCUGCCACCCGAUGAAAGGCGAGUGCACGUGCCAGCCGGGGUGGGCAGGACUGUUCUGCAACGAGACCUGCGCUCACGGUUUCUAUGGUCACGGCUGCCUGGAGCCGUGCCUGUGUGUGAAUGGAGGGGUGUGUGAUAGUGCCACGGGCCAAUGCCAGUGUGCGCCCGGGUACACGGGGGUUCACUGUGAGAAACCCUGUAAGAGCGGCACCUACGGCAAGAACUGCUCCCUGGAAUGCUCCUGCAAAAACUUCAUCGACUGCUCAGCGAUCGACGGGACCUGCUUCUGCAAAGAAGGCUGGCGUGGGCGGGAUUGCUCCGUGCCCUGCUCCGAGGGAACCUGGGGCCCCGGAUGCAACGCCACCUGCCACUGCGCCAAUGGGGCAAAAUGCAAGCCUGCAGAUGGAUCCUGCACCUGCACAGCCGGCUGGCAGGGGGCGCUGUGCAACCAACCAUGCCAGAUGGGCACGUUCGGGCCAGGCUGCCUGAAGAGGUGUGAUUGUGUUCACGCCGACGGCUGCCAAGCCACCAGCGGAGAGUGCCAGUGUCUGCCAGGUUGGUCGGGUCCCCGCUGUAACAAGCCAUGUCAGGACGGCCUGUGGGGGCCCCACUGCAACCAGACCUGCUUCAAGCAUUGCCUUAACAGUGACACUUGUGCAAAGGACACCGGGGCUUGUGUGUGUCGCCCCGGCUACUGGGGAAUCACCUGCCAGACCAAAUGCAGAGCUGGGAUGUACGGCGACCAGUGCAGCAUGUCGUGCCCAUCAUGUAGCCAGACCUACCGCUGCCACCAUGUGACGGGCGAAUGUGAUUGCCUCCCUGGGUUCACUGGACCCCACUGCGAUCAAGUUUGUCCAGCCGGUUACUAUGGCAAGCAGUGUUCUGAGGUGUGUGUCAACUGUGCCAACAACUCGACAUGCGACCACCGGGACGGUCACUGUGAAUGCCUGCCUGGCUGGACCGCAACUGACUGCUCCAUACCCUGUAGUCCCGGGAGGUUUGGCCCGUUCUGCACGCAGACCUGCUCCUGUCCACCCAACUCCAUCUGUGACCGCUUCACUGGCAACUGCCUGUGCGAGACUGGAGAUGACUGUAAACAAGACUCGACGGAGCUGUCAGGGAGCGUCAUGGUGCCUCUUCCGCCUGGUGAGAGGGAGUCGUGGGGAGCCAUCGGCGGCAUCGUCGUGCUCGUCAUCCUGGUGGUCUUGCUGCUCGCUCUCCUGCUGCUUUACCGCCGCAGGCAGAAAGACAAGCAGAACAACACACCCACUGUCUCCUUCUCCACCACGCGCACGGUCAACUCCGAGUACGCCGUUCCAGAUGUUCCUCACAGUUACCACCACUACUACUCCAACCCCAGCUAUCACACCCUGAGUCAGAACAGGCCCCCGCUGCCGCACCUCCCCAACAACCACGACCGCACCAUCAAGAACACCAAUAACCAGCUGUUCUGCAGCGUGAAGAACAUGGAGAGGGAGAGGCGGGGCCUGUUUGGGGUGGAAACCAACGCCACCCUGCCUGCAGACUGGAAACACCACGAGCCCCGCAAAGACUCAGGGGCUUUUGGAAUUGAUCGGAGUUACAGCUACAGUGCCAGCCUCGGGAAAUAUUACAACAAAGAGCUGAAGGACACAGUGGCGGUGAGCAGCAGCUCUCUGAACAGCGAGAACCCGUACGCUACCAUCAAAGACCUGCCCGGCCUGCCCUUCUGUCCGCCGGAGAGCAGCUACAUGGAGAUGAAGUCGGCCGUGCCCAGAGAGCGGGCGUACACCGAGAUCAGCCCUCCGCCCUUCAACACUGCCACCUUACGCAGGGAGCGUCAGAGUUCCCUCGGUCACGCUCCAGACCAGGACACCCAGAACCACUACGACCUCCCAGUCAACAGCCACAUCCCGGGACACUACGACCUGCCUCCGGUCCGCCGACCCCCCUCCCCGUCCCGCAGGAGAACACCUCAGUGACCACGGUGGAGCAAGUUACGCUUUCCCUCAUCACUGCGGGGAUGAAAUUACGCCUGUGCUCCCAGGAGAGUGGAGCUCCUGCCUGACAAUCAGAGCCCCACCCAGUAAAGACCACCCACAGACCAGCAGGGACCGGGGGGAGGGGGGUUGGGUCUGUCCCGCAGAGGAAUCGACUUAUUUUACGAGGAUGCCCCCAUUCAAGUCAAUGUAUUGGGAGGAAACGCUGCCCCCUUGUGGACCAAAGUGGUACUACAUGCCUCACCAUGACAGACUUGUGAUCCAGACUGAGGAGCCAGAGGGCUGCGGUGCGGAAGGCUGGGCUGUGGCGACGCCAGCGGGGCUAAUGCUGCAUUCAUGUCCCAUAGGGAAAAACCGUCAAUUGACUUUACACGACAAAAAAAAAACAAAAAAAAAACCCACCAUUUUUCGGAAACUCUUAAUGUAUUUGAACUCAACUGAACCUGUCAAAACACUAGAGCUCAAGUUUUUUUUUGUAAUCUCUGGUUGCUACUAAUCAGCUGUUUCACACCUUUAAAGGAGCCCUACAGUAUUGUUUAAUUUUAUUCAUAAACAUAUAUGACCAAAGAUAAUUAAUGUAUAAAUCUAUAAUGUCGUUCUGUUUCAGUGAUUAAACGUAAAGGUAUGUCAUUUUCAAAAUUGUUUUUUUUUUUUAAAGCCACUCAACACAACACACCUAGAUUUGGUCGUG